AAAUGUAGUAGAGCUCAGGCUUCCGCAUUGCAAGGCUUAGGCUCGAUUUUAAGAGAUUUUAUUUUAAUUAAUUUAUUUUAGUUAUUCGUUUGGAAAGAUGAUUCGCAAAGGGAAGAUGUACGUGGUGAAGCGAUCCGGGCGUAAGGAAGAAGUACAUUUUGACAAAAUCACAUCACGCAUACAAAAGCUAUGUUAUGGGUUGGACAUGGAUUAUGUCGAUCCUCCAGCGAUUACAGUACGUGUCAUCAGUGGCCUUUAUUCUGGAGUAACAACGGUAGAACUUGAUAAUCUAGCAGCUGAAACUGCUGCGACUAUGACGACAAAACACGCAGACUAUGCAAUACUAGCAGCCCGAAUUGCUGUUUCGAAUUUGCAUAAAGAAACUAAGAAAAGUUUCAGCGAUGUAAUGUCAGAUCUGUAUAACGUGAAGAAUACAUUUACGAAUGAACAUACACCAAUGAUCAGUGAAAGACAUCACAAUAUUAUUCAGAAUCAUGCCGAUGUAUUCAAUUCUGCAAUUAUUUAUGAUAGAGAUUUUAGUUAUAAUUACUUUGGUUUUAAAACCCUUGAGAGAAGUUACCUACUAAAGAUUAAUCGCAAAGUCGUUGAAAGACCACAGCAUAUGCUAAUGCGUGUAGCUGUGGCAAUUCAUGAAGAGGAUAUUGAAAAGGUUAUAGAAACAUACAAUUUCUUAUCGGAGCGCUACUUUACUCAUGCUUCACCUACACUAUUUUUUGCCUGCACACCUAGGCAACAAAUGUCCAGCUGUUUCCUGCUGACAAUGAGCGAAGAUAGCAUCGAGGGCAUUUAUGAUACAUUGAAAAGAUGUGCUCUUAUCAGUAAAUCAGCCGGAGGAAUCGGACUAAGUAUUAAUUGUAUUAGAGCGAAAGGAACUAGAAUAUCAGGCACUAAUGGAGAAUCUAAUGGUUUGGUACCCAUGAUUCGUGUAUAUAAUAAUACUGCUCGUUAUGUCGAUCAAGGUGGUAAUAAAAGACCAGGUGCUUUUGCAAUGUAUUUGGAACCAUGGCAUGCCGAUAUCUUUGAAUUUCUAGAACUCAAAAAAAAUACAGGCAAAGAGGAGCAUCGUGCAAGAGAAUUGUUUUAUGCCUUGUGGAUUCCUGAUCUGUUUAUGAAACGAGUCUUUGACGAUGGCAAAUGGUCUUUAAUGUGUCCUCACGAGUGUCCUGGAUUAGAUGAUGUUUGGGGCAAAAAAUUUGAAGAACUGUACACACAGUAUGAGAAAGAAGGUCGUCAUAAGCGUCAAGUGGAAGCUCGAGACCUGUGGUCUGCCAUUCUAAUGGCCCAAGUUGAAACUGGAACUCCGUACAUGCUGUAUAAAGAUCACUGCAAUCGUAAAUCGAAUCAACAAAAUCUAGGCACAAUUAAAAGCAGCAAUCUCUGUACAGAAAUCGUUGAGUAUUCCAGUCCUGAUGAAGUAGCCGUAUGCAAUUUAGCUUCCAUAGCUGUGAACAUGUUUGUUAAUCCUUCCACCAAGAAAUUUGACUUUGUUAAACUGAAAGAAGUCGCAAAGGUUGUUACACGCAAUCUAAACAAGGUCAUAGAUAUUAAUUAUUAUCCCAUUCCGGAAGCUGAAAGAUCGAAUAAAAAGCACAGACCAAUAGGUAUUGGCAUACAAGGACUGGCUGAUGCUUUUCUCCUCAUGCGAUACCCAUUUGAAAGUGAAAAUGCACAAAAACUUAAUAUUCAAAUCUUUGAGACCCUUUAUUACGGAGCUCUUGAAAUGAGUUGUGAACUUGCGGAAAAGGAUGGUCCUUAUCAGUCCUACGAAGGCUGUCCUGUUAGUAAAGGGAUUUUGCAGUACGAUAUGUGGGGCGUAACGCCGACUAAUCUUUGGAACUGGGCAGCUCUGAAAGAAAAAAUAGCAAAACACGGUGUUCGCAAUUCUUUGCUUAUCGCCCCAAUGCCUACGGCAUCUACAGCACAGAUUUUGGGAAACAACGAAUCCAUUGAACCGUACACCAGUAACAUCUAUACCCGACGAGUCCUCUCCGGAGAGUUUCAGAUCGUAAACCCUCAUCUGUUGAAAGACCUUACGGAACAGAAUAUGUGGAACGAAGACAUGAAAAAUGAAAUAAUCGCGAGUAACGGCUCUAUACAAAACAUCGAAGGUAUACCAGAUGACCUUAAAGCACUGUACAAAACAGUUUGGGAGAUAUCACAAAAAGUCAUUCUACAAAUGGCAGUGGACAGAGGAGCUUUCAUCGAUCAGUCCCAAUCAUUGAACAUCCAUAUGGCUACGCCUACGGUGGAGAAGCUCACAUCGAUGCACUUCUAUGGCUGGAAACAGGGCCUCAAGACUGGCAUGUACUACCUGCGAACAAAGCCAGCUGCGAAUGCUCUGCAAUUCACAGUGGAUAAAUCAAAGCUGAGAAGUGCCAACACGGUUAACGGCCACUCUCCAAAUUCGAGUGCUGCCAACAUCAGCCUGAAUGAUUCCUUUUCGGAACAGCAAAAGUGGGACCAAAAUCGAAAACGGAAGUUGGAUGAAGACAAGCUGGAACCUUCCUUUGUUUGCACGAGAGACAAUCCGGAUUGUCUAUCCUGUGGAUCAUGAACAGUUUUACCCCAAUUUCAUAUUUAAUUUACAUAUAUUCGAAUCGAGUCGAAAAGCACCAUGAAUUCUACUUACGUAAAUAUUUAAGAAUAGUCUUUUAAUUAGUGUCAUCGAAUAACGUAUCACUAUUUUGUUGCACCGAUUGUUGCACGGGUCAUCAAAAAGAUAGCCCACUCGUUGAGUCUGAUUUCGGUAAAGCUUUAAAAAAAAACUCGGAAGUGCCUGCGGAAACGUACUGUCGAUGUAAUUUUUUUUAUACAUAUAUAUUUACACGGGAAACUAUAAUCAAGAUUUAUUACAUGGAGCUACGACGAAGCUGAGCGUUUUCAGCCCGCUCCGAUAAUUUAAACAUUUGUCACAGACUCGUGAUCUUGUAAAGAGUUGAAGUUCUUUGGUUUUUAUUGAAAUGCACAUUACCACGUUUUACAUUAAGUGGAGCAAAUCGUAAUGCAAACUGCCUUCGUAUCUCUUUCACCGAAGUAUAUUAAGAUACCGAAGGAGCAGGCGUGAGAAAUGAAUUUAACGACAAAUAACAUUCUUUAUUAAUUUUUGUAUUUCAAGGUAUUUCGAAUCAAUGCUACAAGCGAUAAUAAAGAUAAGAAAUAAAAAGGCGACGAAACUUAAACCAGA